CGAUUUUCAGCCGGUGCCCGUUCAGCAAAUCAGCUGUUGUCAAAAGGUUGGUUUCUAACAGUAUGUGUUCUUAAAAGAAGAUUGAGGCAUAACAAUUGUUGAUAGUCAAACAAUGGCUAUGGCUAGUAUGGGAACAGAAUUCACAGCUGAAAAUGUGGAAAAGGCAGUAAACAACUUUUAUUGUAACGCUGCAGUACAGCAGGAAGUUCACCAGUGGUUGACAGCAGCUCAAGUCUCACCAGCAGCAUGGUCAUUCUGCUGGCAACUACUAGUGCCAGAUAAGGGCCUACAGGUGCAGUAUUUUGGUGCCAGCUGUUUACAUGUUAAGAUAAGCAGAUACUGGAAUGAAAUACCAGCUGACCAGUUUGAAUCUCUACGAAGCCGCAUCCUUGAGCAAAUUGUAAACUCUGCGACCGGACCAAAACUUUAUCCUUACCAGACUAUGUGUUGCCAUAUGGUAUUUGCCUUGCCUAUUUCAUUAUCAUCAUUAGCCCUCCACUCCAUGCCUCAAACAUGGUCCAACCCAGUUGACUCCCUCAUCAUUAUGUUCCAAGAUGACUCAUCCCCUCUUAAUUCCACACAGAGAUGUAAUGUUUUGCUAGAAAUCUUCACUGUCCUUCCAGAAGAGUUUUAUAGUAUGAACCUGACCAAUAGCAGAAGAUCAGAACUGCGCUUUGAACUUACACAAAAUAUGACCAAAAUUUUAGCCUUACUGACUAACUUGAUGAGCCCGAACUCACCAAGUGAUGUGUACGAGCAUGCACUCAAAUGUUUUGGGAGCUGGGUGGAUUUUGGUAUUCCAAUGAACGAAGCUGAACAGAUAAUUAUACAGGUUUUCCAAAGCCUCAACAGUCCACAUCUGUACGAUUCUGCUGUAGACACUCUCGUUAAAGUCUUCUCACAUCCAGAUUCUCACAGAUUUCCAUAUACCAUACAGAAGUUGCUUCCCUUGGUCUUACAGUUACAAGGAAUGCUCAAUUCAGCCACAAAUGACCAUGAUAUGGAUACUUGUCAUGGUAUAACACAGAUUGUUGUGUCAUUGGCAGAGAACCAUACAAAACUAAUCAUAGACAGUGCAAGUGGGGAUGAUGAAAACAAAAAAUCUGAUAUACAGAAGCUUAUAAGCCUAGUUCUGAGUUGUUCAAGUAUUCCAGGACAUUACCCAGUAGAUGAAACGUGCAGUAGUAUGACCUUCACCUUCUGGUAUAUACUUCAGGACAAUUUACAAGAUUUGGAUAGUGACAAGUACCAACUAUUAUUGCCCAUGUUCCAGCCAGUAUAUCUUGGCCUAAUAGAAAACCUUCUUAUCAAAGUACAGUUCCCAACAGAAGAAGUUUAUGAAACCUGGUCUGCAGAAGAGAAAGAGCAAUUUAGAUGUUACAGACAAGAUAUAGGCGAUACAAUGAUGUAUGCGUACAGUAUACUACGAGAACCGUUGCUAGGAUACCUGUGUAAUGCUCUUGCAAGUCUAGUUAAAACUGACAAGGAACUCAAUGUACGCUGGGAGUUGAUGGAGGCAAUAUUUUUCCUGUUUAACUCGGUAGCAGAGAGUGUUGACUUGGAGGAAGGAAUAUAUCUACCAUCUGUACUAGAACUCUUGCCUAAACUACCAUUUACCAAUGUGAAAUUCAUCUCUACAGUUUUAUACAUGUUGGGGUCAUUUGGUGAAUGGAUGAAUUGCCACCCACAAUCGUUACCAUGUGCAAUACCAUUAUUACUCCAGGGCCUCAGUAAUCCUGAGGUUGCCAUGGCAGCAACCAUGGCCCUUAAAGAUGUUACUAGGGAGACUUUAGAACACAUUCAGCCAUAUGUGCCACAGAUACUACAGGCCUGCCAGGCUGCAUUGGAAAGAGGAAAUCUGAAGUCACGUGAAAAUAUACGUAUUAUGUCAUGUAUAGGACAGGUGUUAUCUGUAUUACCAUACAAUGAUAUCAUGGGACAUCUUGAUCCUAUCCUAACACCACUGAUACAAGAACUUGAGCAAUUAUCAAAACAACAG